GAGAAAUACCACGUUGAUCUCAGUACAACGUCUUUGUUUCUCGUGGCCAGCUUUGUGCCGUGCGCAUUCCUAUUUAUUGCGAUUCUUAAGGUUCCUUUUUUCCCAUCCUUCUCCUGAUUUUCCUCCUCAACGCCUGCCCGCACCAAACGUUCACGAAAGCGAACACCACGGCACAUACUCACACUUCUCUGAGAUCGCUAGACUCUCGACUUGAGCGGGUUUUCCUUAACAGACACACAUACACAACGAAUACAGAUUGAUAAAAUAGGAAGUAGACGCAUAGAGACGAACAACUGCUGUUCCCAGUCGGUUUUUGCCCUCAAAAAAGGGAAUAUCAACGCCUUUCAGAAUGGACCGCUCAGCGCAGUUUGGCAGCGGCUCGUCGCUCCAUAGAGACGAAGGGGAGUCGCAAAGUCUGUCGCAGGCCCGCCCUCGACCGGCCAUUCGCCUCGACGCCUCCCUUUCCUUUCUUCACGCAGGCAGCAGAGCCGGCAGCCCGCGAAGCGGCCCGGCAAGUCCGGCGCUCGGCCCCGCACACGCCUCCGCCAUGUUCGCCACAAGGGACGUCAACACGGAGAGCUCCUACCCGGGACCGCACGGCGCGCUCAAGUCACGCAGCGGGUACCGGCGAGAGAUCAGCAGUAGCCUGCAGGCGACGUCGGCCUCGCUCUCGCUCGGGUCGUCGCGGCCGCGUUCACACCACCGACACCCACCGCAGCAGCCGCAGCAGGCAGGGCUUGGCGGAAGAGCAACGGAGGCGGCGGGAGACGAGUUGGGCUCGCACAAAGAAGCACGCGGUCUCUCCUCCCUCGCCGUGAUGGAUGCGGUGCUGGAUAGUGAGGCGACGGUGAUGACGCGUCCAUCGGAGCCGCGCAUGAACGGCGGCGGCGACCCGGUGGAGGAAGAUCAGGAGAGCUGGCAACCGCAGCGGACGGCGUCGCCCGCGCCGCGGAUGGCCGUCACCCUUCCCGAUGACUUCGACGGAGACUUCAGCGAGUCUCACAGUGCAGCUGUGGCGGUGGCGGCUGGCUUCCCUGUUACUGAGGCGGGCAUCCAGUCGACCACGUUGCCGCACGGGGCGGAGGCGACGGCAGUGAUGCCGGGCAGAAGCGUCAACUUCUCGAAUGCGUCUUCUUUCUCUUUUCAUUUGAAAGCGAGCAGCGGUGAGCCGGCGGAGGACAACGGCAACGAGGAGGAGGGAGUGAGCUGCCGUAGCCGCAGCAGCCGCGGGUGGUCCACGACGCCACCGCCGCGUCGCGCCUUUGUGCUGUCGCAACGCUGCAGCGCCGCCUCGACUGUCGCCGCCGGAGACGACGAUGACAACGAUGAGAGGCCGGUCACGGACCACCACGCAGCGGGUGCGGAGGAGGAGAAGCCACAAGACGUGCCUGCGCAGGCGGUGCACAACGUUGAUGAUGUGGCGGCCCCCAUCCCAACAGGAGACGCGACAGUGACUGCGGUGCGCGGAAGCGCGGUGCUCGUGAUGGACAGUAACGACGAUUCGCAGCGCUUCUUCGGACAGCUGCGGAGAGAGGAGCGCGAACGGCGUGAUCGCCGUCAUCGGCGGCAGCAGCUCCACUCCGAGGAAGAAAAAUCGCAAGAAGAAGGUGGGGAAGGUGCUGAUGGCGUCGUCAGAGAAGAAGAGAGGGAUGGGACUGCACCAACGUUGCCUGUCGGACGACUCGCACCGGGGCAAGUGGUGGAAGAAGGCGGAGAGGACACGAAGAGCGGUGCAGCUGUGGGAACGCAGGCACAAAACGAGUCCGAAGUUGGCUGCGAGGAUAUCAACAGUCCACAGCACGAGAACGGCACCGAGGAUGUUCCUUCCUUCGCCGCUCGCGAGUCGGCGGGACUGCGCCUGAGCGACUGCGUGAGCGGCAGCAGUCGCAGCAGCAUGCUGAGCCCCUUGCCUCGGCCCGUCGCGUCCGUUGCGCAGACCGUCGCUGCUGGCGGUGCUGUGCGCCAGCCGCCGCGCAUCUCCCCAGCGCACCAGCGGGAGGAAGAGGAUGAGGAACGCGUUGGUGCGGAGGGCGAGAAGAAAGAAGAAGGUCCACAGAGUGACGCGGCUGUGCGUGCGGUGUACGCGGAGGGCGGUGAGAAUGAGCCCAAAGGACGCGAUGUGAAUUUCAUUGAGGGCGCGGUCGUGGCAGAGGAUGCUGCGGCGCCGGAUCAGCUCGACCGAGCAGACAACGACGAGGACGAAGGCGAGAAGGGCGUCGCCGCCCUCGAUUCGAUCUUCGAGGAGCACGCCGAGCCGUCUGUCUCCACCACACGGACCACCGCGAACACGGCCAUGAGCGCAGCGGCGGUGAGUUCGCUUUGGUUGGUCCGCGGACCCACGCCUACACCGCUGCGGCAACGGCGGCGCGGCGACUGCGACGAGAGUCCCGAAAGGGAAACAGACAAAGCAGCAGCGGCAGAUGAAGCGAAGCUCAGCGCUUCCCCGACCGUUGAAACGGAGCAGGCGGAGGCAGAAGCGGUUACGCAGAACACCGACGAGGAUGAAAUGGCGACGACUGCGCUGCCCAUCACGCUGAAGGACGCCACCUCGCCGCCGCGCUCCGCCGCGCUCUCAGUAACCUCGGAAGAAGAGGAGGUCGAGGAAGAAGACACUGCGUCGAAGAAGCCCAAGGAGAGAAACACGAACGAGGUGCCCCACGCACCGUCGCAGCGCACGGUGGCAUCACCGCCUCUUCCACCCCACGCGUUCCGUGAUGACGACUCUUGCUCGCCGGAGCCGCAGCGGCCGGUGGCGCUGCAGCAGGAGGAGGAGGUCACCGUCGCCGCAACAACUCGGUGGAAGGCCGCCCUUUCACCCGUGUCGUCGCCGGACCGCCGCCACCACCACCCUGCCGUAGAGGGCGUGCGCACUGAGCAGGAAGCAGCGCCAACGUCUUUCACCUCUUCCCACGCCAAAGCAGAUCCGCUACCGGCGAAGACGCGGAAGGAGCUCGACCUCCUGCGGCCCUCCCCCUCGACCUCCGCGACCCACUCCUCCGUCGUUGGCAGCGGGGUGACACCCGACCGGCAGAAGAACGCGCGCACCCACAUCACCACCACCACCACCGUCACGUCAGUGCCGUCGUCGCCCUCGACGACGCUGAGCGAGUCCGCGCGUGUCAGCGAAGAAGUGCGAGAGUUGGUGGAGCGUGCGCAGGCAGAAGUGCGGCGGACACGCGCUUCCCUCCUCGCCACCAUGCGCGACCACCGCGCCGAUUUUCAUCUCACCGACGUCGCGCCCGCGUCGCCACCGGCGGAGUCGGCCGGGCCAUCCCCGCCGACCACCCCCACGCGCAGCCUGGUGCUGCCACCCGUCGCGAGCACGUCGGUGGCCACCGCACAUGGCCGUACCGACGCACCAUCAACAACACCGUCUGCUGCUGCUGCUGCGCUCAUAGCCAACACCACCCCAAGUACAACUGGGCAGACUGGCCGAGCAUCAGAGCAGCUGCGCACGGCCGCCGUGACGCUGCGCCCGCAGCUCGCCGAGGCCGCAGAUGCCAUACUACGUCGUCUGCAGGGCUACGACACCCGGCAGCACGGCGUACUGCCCAUGGAGACGGUGAUGCGUGUUGCGUACUUCGUGGUGGUGCGGCGAGGGAUGCCGGUGGCAACGUGGACGCUGCGUACGGUGGGCGGCGGCAUCGCCUCGACGCCCAUGCGGGCCUCGAUGGUGAUGCAGAGCAAGGAGGAGGCCGACAUGCCGAGCGCGCGACGCUACGCAACGGGUUCUGCUGCUGCUGCUGGUACUGAAGGUCGUCGUGCAGCACUGUUGGCGACUACCCCGCUGGGCCGCAGCUUGCGUGGGGUGCGUAGUGAGGUCCACCGUGCAAUAGCGACUUACUCGACUCCUCACAAUCAGCUUCUCUCAGAGGCGGAGGGGUUGACGUGUGCGGCGAAGACCCCGUCGUUGCUUGCCGGCAGCUCUGUCGGUGUAAAGCGGACCCGCAGUGAAGAGGAGUCGGAGACGGAAGCCCCGGGGCGCCCCGCCACGCUGAUGUCGCCCAGUCGCACGCUGGAGCAGGUGAUGGCACGCCAGGAACGUCGUGCCGAGGAAGAGCGCUCCUUGAACUUUUACUUCACCGUGUUGGAGGCGUUCAAGCAGGUCUUCGGGGAGCGCUAUGCGUGGCACCACCUCGGGGCCACGAACGCGAGCCGGCACGACAGCGCUGCGGUGAAGCGGUCUAGGGCAGACCAAAGCAUCGCCGCCACCGCCACAGAGAAGCAAAGUAAAGACAACGGGAGCGGCGACGUUGUAGAAGCGGAGAAGGACGGAGAAGACGCCGCUGCGGGUUUUGACAUUGAGAACGAACUCAACGACAUCGCGGCGCCGCUCGAGACCGUUUUCCCGCGUCUGCGCCAGCAGUACGCCCUUCACCAGAGGGACGGGACGGCGACACCAGGGAUGGGCUUCGCGCAGCGACCACCACCACUUGACGUGCUCGUGUACUAUCGCACCUUCACUGACAGCUUACGCGAGCUGUGA